GCCGUUUCGUUCACACUUGGCUUAGUCGACUCUUGAUGAUUUUGCAAAGAGUGAGUUCUGCUAUUUAAGAUCCAAGUCCGUGUACGUGCUUUUUAAAUUUUACUAUGGACAAGCGUUUCAAAUAAAUUGAAGGAUAACGCGAGUUAUAUAAUGGCUGUCGAAUCACGUGCAAAGCGGUUGAAAGAAUUGUUCGGCGAUCGCUUACUACACCGUUCGACGACUGUUUCCCUGGACGAAACGACGUUCAGCGGUUCAUUGAUCGCAUUGUACUUCGUCCCGAUCGGAAGUGAUCGUCAACAGAGGGAUGAUCAAGCGUUGCGAGAUCUAUACGAUUCGGCCAACGGAGUAUACAAAACACUCGACAUCGUUCAGAUAUGCUAUCCAGAUGCGGUCGACGACCGAGAACGAUUCGACGAAAUGACCAACGACGUCCCGUGGCAUGCCGUCCUUUACGACUACACGGAGAGGAGAAUUCGUUUAAGACACAAGUACAACGUUGGCAUUUCUGAAACUCAAGUAAUCCUGAACGACGAUCGAUUGGAGAAAAUCUACACAAAAAAUUGCCUAAAGCUAAUCGAUAGCGGUAAACAAUUUCCGUGGACAGAUUUUUGGAAUGACCAAAUUUGGCAACAAACUUUAAAGCUGUCUUCGAGACACGAUAAAGAAACUGUUUACGGCUUGUUAUUUUCCGCUCACUGGUGUCCUCCUUGUAAAGCAUUUAUUCCGCAACUCUUGCAGGCUUACAACAGCAUACGAAAAAGAUACAAAUUUGAGAUUAUUUUCGUUAGUUCUGACAGGAGCGAACAGUCGUUUCAAUCGCACGCGUCUUCCAUGCCUUGGACGUCGAUUCCCUACGCGGACACUGCUUUGCGGCAAGACCUGACGGAAUGUUACAAUGUUCGCGGCAUUCCUCAUUUAGUAUUAGUCGACAGUGCGGGAAGUGUUAUCACCGAAAGCGGCCGACCCGAAGUGGCCGAUGAUCCUGACGGAUCGUAUUUUCCGUGGAAAAUUCGCUUGGUCUAUGCGUUGACCUCGAGACUGUUACCGAAACUUCAGAGUUACCCGGCUAUCGUGCUGUUCAUCGAAGGUGACCAGGAGGAGGAAAUGGAAUUGGCCGAAGGCGUUUUACUACCCGUGGCACAGCAAGUUACCAAAACUAAACAAAACCCAUUGUACGAUCUUCUGUUUUUCAUAGCGCCCGACGACGGGACAUCUGAUACGCUGAGAAAUUUCGCAAGACUGACCGAUGACGCAGUUCCUUUGCUGACGUGCAUAGAUAUACCUAUGGGUAGGAUAUCAAUAAUGGAGUACGGGAUAGACAUAACAGAAAAGUCUAUUAUGAAAUUUGUCGACGGAUUCUUCGACGGCACAAUGAAAUUCACAUCCAUAGUUAAUUAAUAAAAAUAUAUUCUCGUGAAUUACGUAGAUAUAGGCAUAAAAACGAUUUUCUCAAAAAAAUAGAAAAUAUGAAAUACCAUACGAGUAAAAAAAAAACUGGUUUGAAAAACAUCAAACCGAACGAGACAACAGCACUGAGACUUGAUGAUAGGGAAAUUUUGACAUUCUGCGACGUACUUUUGUAAUACAUUAGUUAAAAUUUCCAAAUUUAUUAUUAUGUAUAGUCAAAAUCAUAGUGACUAAUUGCCUGAAGCAUAGAACAUUUUCAUACGCGUACUCCUGUUACAAAAUUAUGUACAAGAGAAUAUUGUAAUUUAUAAUUAAAAUAAAAUGGUUCUCUGUUUAAUUUAUUAUUUAUCAAUAUAAAAUAACAA